AUGGAUGUCAUGCACAAAGUCGAGGUACCAGCGCAGGCCGCUCCAGCGAAGUUUUACUUCCAGAAAAAUUUCCAAGAGGCUGUCCGAAAUGGGGACAAGGACCAGCUAGAAAAAAUGCUGGAAGACGAACAAGGCAAAAUCAACGUAAACUUGUACGACGCGGAAGGACAGACGGCUCUGCAUUUGAGCUGUUUGGACGGUAACUUAGAACUGGUGAAAGUUUUGGUGAAGUUUGGCGCAGAUGUCCGUCUGGCGAAUCGCGAUGGCUGGAGUGCUCUCCACAUAGCCGCAUACGGGGGGCAUCAAGACAUUGCCUUGUUUCUAAUCCAUGCCACGACGGGAAGAGCCACCCCCUCACGGUAA